AUGGAUUUCCCAAGUGUUAACAGAACUUCCAUGGUCGCAACAUAUUUAAUCCUGGGAAUUUUUAUAGCCAGCCUUACGAUAGCAGGUGCAACAAAACCGAUUGGCGUAUGCUAUGGAAGAAUUGCCGAUAAUCUGCCCUCUGCUCUCGACGUUGUCAAUUUCUACAAAUCGAAUGGUAUCGGGAAGAUGAGACUCUACGAUCCAGAUCAAGCAACUCUCCAGGCUCUUGAAGGAACAAACAUACAACUAAUCCUCGGUGUUCCCAAUGAAGACCUUCAAUCCCUUGCCACUCCCUCGACUGCAGCUGCUUGGGUCCAAAACAACGUAUUAGCCUUCUAUCCGGCAGUCAAAAUUGUAUACGUAGCAGUCGGGAAUGAAAUAAAACCAAACGACCCUGAAGCUCAAUAUGUUCUGCCCGCAAUGCAAAACAUUUACAAUGCUUUGGUAUCAGCACAAUUAGGUAGUGAAAUCAAGGUUUCCACAUCAGUGGAAGCGAGUCUGUUGGGCCAAUCGUACCCUCCGUCAGCAGGCUCUUUUGGUCCAGUUUCAAGCCCUUACAUGACACCCAUUGUCAUGUUCUUAGCAACCACUGGGGCGCCUCUUCUCGCUAAUGUCUACCCUUAUUUUGGCUAUAUUAGUGAUCCCCAGAACGUACGUCUCGACUAUGCCUUGUUUACUGCUCCGGGAACUGUGGUUCAAGAUGGCUCAUUGAACUACCAAAGCAUGUUCGAUGCGAUUUUGGAUGCUUUUUAUUCUGCUUUGGAAAAUGCUGGGGGUGCCAAUGUUGGGAUUGUUGUGUCGGAGACUGGUUGGCCAUCUGCCGGAGUAGAAGCGGCGACGGUGGAGAAUGCAGGAAUUUAUUACCAGAAUGUGAUCGAUCAUGUCAGCAAUGGAACUCCCAAGAAGCCUGGACAAGCUAUCGAAGCUUAUCUCUUCGCAAUGUUUGAUGAAGACCUCAAGGGUCCGGCUGAAACUGAGCGCCAUUUCGGACUCUUCUCUCCUGAUAAGCAGCCCAAGUAUAAUCUUGUUUUCAGUUGA